AGCAUAACACCAGGGGCCGGAUAACCGAGAUAAAAGAAGGCUGGCGAGAGGUCAAAGGAAAAUGUCGACUUCAGGAUAUUGCGAUAAAAUCCGCAGGAGCGUACGAUCCUCACAGCGCUGCUCCGAACACUGAACCUGCACUGAUCCUGUAACAGCUGGGAGCAGCGCGGGAUGUUAGGAUGGGUAUGAUGAACGUGUGUGGAUGAUGUGCACACAUCAAGGAUUAAUCCAUCUCUGCUAGGAGCGGAGAGAUUUCGGGAUAAAAAUCACCAUAACAUCUCUUCAACGAUCUGUUCUGAAUAUUCCGGAAAAAGAAGCGGACGGGAGGGAGGCAGAGGAGAGGAGAGGAGAGGAGAGGAGGAGGAGGUGGGGAGCUCCAGGAGUGAAGGACGCCACCAUCGUAUCUCUACAUGGCUGCACUACUCUCCUGAUUGACCGGCCCGCUGAAGGACCGACAAGCCAAACCCACCGGUGUGAGGACUGACAGUGCCUAUAUAAAGCCCUGCAGCAGCAGCCUUACAGCGGGUGUCUGUCAUCAGAUCAUCAUCAUCCUCCUCCUCAUCUUCCUCCUUCUCCUCUUUACGACCUGCAGACUGACUUGGAUUAAUCAUUCUUUUGUGUUAUCAGGAUAGCAUACAGCAGGAGCAGCCAUGUCUCACGGAUGGGGAUACGGAUCAACUAACGGACCUGACACGUGGGGAGUAGAAUAUCCUGUAGCUAAUGGGCCCAGACAGUCUCCCAUCAACAUUGUCCCUAAGGAGGCCAAGUAUGACCCCACUCUGAAGGCUCUGAAACUCAAGUAUGAUCCCUCCAACGCCAGUGGAAUUCUCAACAACGGACACUCCUUCCAAGUGGACUUUGUGGACGACACAGACAGUUCCACCCUGACAGGAGGUCCUAUUUCUGGAACGUACCGUUUGAAGCAGUUUCAUUUCCACUGGGGAGCCAGUGAUGACAGAGGCUCCGAACACACUGUCAACGGCAUCAAGUUCCCCUGUGAGCUUCACCUGGUGCACUGGAACACAAAGUACCCAAGCUUUAAAGAUGCAGCCGGCGAGCCUGAUGGACUCGCAGUGGUUGGGGUCUUUCUCAAGAUUGGUUCUGCCAAUCCCAGGCUUCAGAAAGUUCUGGAUGGCUUGGAUGCUAUCCAGACCAAGGGAAAGCAGACCGUCUUUGCUAACUUUGACGCAAAGACUCUUCUUCCUGGUUCUCUGGAUUAUUGGACCUAUGAUGGCUCUCUGACGACGCCUCCCCUGUUGGAGAGUGUUACCUGGAUUGUCCUCAAGGAGCCAAUCAGUGUCAGCCCGGCACAGAUGUGUAAGUUCCGCAGCCUCCUCUUUACAGGAGAAGGAGAACCUCCAUGCUGCAUGGUCGACAACUACCGGCCUCCUCAACCUCUGAAGGGCCGUCAAGUCCGUGCUUCCUUCAGAUAAACCCUGCUUCGUCUUUAUUGCUCCCUUGCCCUCGUUUAUCCUUCCUUCCUUACCCAAACCCUUUCACUCCUAUUUUUCUCCACAUGCAGUCUUUAGAUUGCUUAUAUUAGCCCUAUUAACAUCAACUUGAAAAGUAGAAUGCUAUGAUGUAGACUACCUGGAUAUAUCUUGAAUAAUAGAACUUAGAACUUUGACACGCUUAAGACAUAGGCUCCAUUUACACUUGUCAUUUUAAGGGUCUCAUAAUCAGACAAAAUCCAGAUGAAAGACACUCUCAUUUACAUAUAGUCACAUACUGUAAAUGCAUCUGUUAUUCAAAUCCCAAAUCUUAUUAUAAUCCUUCUUUGUUUUCUCGGCUACAUGCAACUCAGGGUCAGCCCUCUUCCGGUCCAAAAGCAGGUGGUGCACCUGAAGCUGUUUGGUAACUGCCAAUUACACCAGAAGAAUAACUUCUAGACUUUUUUAGUGCACUGUUUAGUUCAUGGAUGUUUAAAGAGAACUGGAUACAGUGUUACAUGCCCUGUGAAUUUGUGAAUCCUAGGGUAGCGAAUGAACGACCUGCCUUACUCUGCCUCUGAUUGGCUUACCCUGACAUUUUUACACUAACCCUUACCAAUCCCACUCCUCUUGUCUAAACCCAACCAAUCCGCCCAACGAUGGCAACGAGUACUAGCCAAUCAAAGGUAGCAUAGGACAGGUCAUUCCUUCAAAAUCCUAGGAUUCACAAAAUUGCACCUUGUUCAUUCCUAUUAAUGUUGCUCAGUGGCGCAUUAAGGCAAAAAAGUAAAAAAUUACCCAGAUCUUCCAUAUUGUUGGGCCCACAAAGCAGGUCCUCUGGAGACUUUUGCUAGCCAAGCAGCUAACUUCUAGCCCUCUGCUAACUUAAUAGCGAUAAAAUUAAUUUAACGUGUGACUCUUCCAGACCUUAGAAAUGUAAGCAGACUGAAUAGAUCAAAUCCCGAGUACCAUCACAGGAGUAGUGACGCUCAAAAAAAUGUAUCCUCUGAUUUAGAGAUGUUUCUUUCACGAUGUAAUUUUGGGAACUGCCCAUUGGUUCGACAGCCCAUUGGUUCGACAUCCCAUUGUUCCGACCAUAUUAAACUCAUUGUUCCUAAGUCCGUUCCGAAAUCAUCAUGAUGCCCUGUGGUUAAGGUCUGGUUAGGUUUAGGCACAAAAACCACUUGGUUAGGGUCAGGAAAAGAUCAUGGUGUGGGUUAAAAUGAAAAAGAAAGUGACAAACACAAGCUGUGAGCCUGCUCCGCCUCAAGCCGGUCGCGGCCCACCAUACGCCCGCCACGAGCCGUUCAGCACCACGGACAGUCAGACUAAUGGGAUGUCGAACCAAUGGGGUGUCGAACCAAUGACAUGGACCCUUAAUUUUAUGAGAAAAGGUCUUUUUGGGUCCAGUGGCAUCACUCAUAAGUUGUAGUCACACGGUUUGCCCACAAUGUCAAAUAGGCUUCAAAGUCCGGUGCUGGUUCUGGGGGCUUGGUUUAGUUACAACACUUAAUCUGCUUAGCUAGUGUUAGCUAAUAGCUAUCCAUAAGCCAAACAAGAACAUGAAUGAAUUGUAUUUACGAAGAGCAAGCGAGACAAAAAUUUUAUAGUUAUUUUUCACUGCUCUAAGUCACACUACUCCCUCACUCAUACAGCUCAAUGCUCUCUCAUCUCUACAGGUCAAUGCUCUGGCUGGAGCUAUUUUUUUCCCUGAUUGCUUUAAUGAGACGGAGAACAACGGCUAAUUUCAGUGUUAUUUUAGUAUAACUUUAGGUGCUGUUAUCAAAAGGACAGAGGAGACAGAACAUGGAUAUAAUAAGAAAAUCAAACAGUGUGUGGCUAUUUCAGCAGACUGCUUACUGCUUAUCUAGCUAGAAUGCAUCUCAAACUUGGAGAGGGUGGACGCAUGAAAUGAUUGAAUGUAAAUGUGGUCAUAGAUUGUGCAUGCAUGUGCUCAAAGAAUAUUACAUUGCCUCCACGUUUUUCACUUGGUUAGAGACUGCGCUAUUACUGACAAAGGUAGCUUAAGAAUUUUAGUCUAUCAGUGUACACAGGCCAGGGGACUAGUGAUCUACUUACAGUGUCAUAUAUACUAACAAUGGGACAAGAAUUCUAGCCCCUAAUCUACUCAUUUUGUUUGUGACAUGUUAUGCAACCCAUUUUCUCUGGCAACUCUAUAACUAAUAAUCUAUAUUAUUGGUGUGUGCCAGUUUUUUCAAUAAAUAUAAUAAUUAAAAUCAACAGUAAUAUACUUGGCGGCACGGUGGUGUGGUGGCCCUUCUGUGCGGAGUUUGCAUGUUCUCCCCGUGUUAGCGUGGGUUCUCUCCGGGCACUCCGGCUUCCUCCCACAGUCCAAAGACAUGCAGAUUGGGGACCAGGUUAAUUGGUAACUCUAAAUUGUCCAUAGGUGUGAAUGUGAGCGUGAAUGGUUGUCUGUCUCUAUGUGUCAGCCCUGCGAUAGUCUGGCGACCUGUCCAGGGUGUACCCUGCCUCUCGCCCGAUGUCAGCUGGGAUAGGCUCCAGCCCCCCCGCGACUGGAGGAUGAAGCGGUUAGAAGAUGAAUGAAUGAAUGAAUGAAUGAGUAAUAUACUUUUUCUGAGCAUUAAUGCAUUUAAGUAACAAAUGAAGACAUAGUUCUUAGGCAGCUUUGUUAUGUGAGCUAUAUCCAACAAUUAUGGGCAAAAGCACACCUAGCUUAUUAUUAGAAACAAUAAUCCCUCCAUGAUUUUUGAUAUGAAUUUGCCUUGUUUGAAAAUGAAAGCCUUUAUCAACUUCUGGAAGCUUCUUUCUAUGCAUUUCAGUGUGUUGUGAAUUGUGCUGCAGACAGCUACCCAGAUUGUUAAAGCUAAUGUUUUCAUUGAUGCCUCAUCUAAGUCAGUUUGUGACAAAGUGAUCACAUGGAGUUUGGGACUAUAAUUUUCCAGCAGUGACUGUACAGUUGUGCACUGUGGCUGCCACCCAUCAAUUGACACUUGUAUACACGAAGGUCUUUAGACUGGUAAAACUAUGGAAUACUCCGGUAUAUUGUGAAAGACAUACCAGAGUAUUGGCUGAUGGUACAGCCUGAGGCCAUGUCCACAAAAAUGCAAGUAAAAAGAUAUUUUUUUUGUCUGUGUUGGGCUUCCAUCCAUUCUCGGUAAACAUAGCCCUUUUUUCUUUCUUUCUUUCUUUUUUUUUUGUUUUUCCAACAUGUGCAUUACUGUGGUUAUGGCUCAACGCAUUCUAUCAGUGGCAGUACAAGUGUAACUCCAUGUUGUGUUAAAAAAAGAAAAGAAAACUAUUACAACUUAACUACCUAUCACCACAGUGCAUUAAACAUUGCCUUUAAGGCUAAAGUUAGACAGCUGUUAAGUUGAAAAUACUUGAAAGAAUCAGUUUAUGACUAUACGUAAAUACGUAAAUAAAAGCUACAGUAUCAACAAAGGUCACAGAAUCUUUAAUUAAAUUGUUUUAGAUUGUCAGCAGUGUCUACAGUCACUACUGUUAUAGUCAUUUAACUAAUCUGAGAUAGAUGGCAGAUAUUCAUAAUAGACCAGAGCAAUGUUACUUUUUCAUUUCAAUAUUAAUAUAAUAAAACAAUCAGUUUUCAGAGUGUGGCUACAGUGAAACAGUAAUAACCCUUUAAAGUGUGUCACUUAAAAUUGCUGUUACACAUUGCAGAUGAAAAAAUGUUUUUGUGUGUGAAUCUGCCAUGUCAUAAUGGAACGGAAUUUUAUCAAUAAAAAUGUAUAACUUGC